AUGGCAUCCAUUGCUGAUAGGAAGCCAAAAGUUCCGUUGGGUAGCCGCAGGAGGAGUAGUGGUAGGUCUUAUGUCGCUACGCGAUGGGUUUACAAGCUGAGGGGACAGUGGAAGAAGAGCAGCAACAGCAGUUCACAGUUCAGCUAUGACAUCCGCAGCUACACUCUCAACUUUGAUGAUGGUGGCUGUCUUGAUCAGGCCCUUAGAAGCCACGUUACUUCUAGAUGA